AUGGAGGUAGUAUUGACCUUAAUUAAAUACCGGGUACUUACAGUAUGUGGCGAUAAAGCAGUAGCACCAUUUACCGAAUGGGAACGCAAAACUAUUCUUGACUACCACAACGAGCUUAGAGCAAAUGUCUCUCAAGGUAAAGCCAAAAACUAUAAGGGAAACCUCUCUUCAGCAAAGAAUAUGUACAAACUUAGAUACGACUGCAAAAUGGAAGGGAAAGUACAGGCAGAACUUGAUAAAAACCUUGUGCGCAUUACCUUUGAUAAUGGUUAUGGACAAAAUGUUGCCAGAUUCACAAAAAGCGAAAACAGAGACAAGGAUAUACUGCACGCAUUGGAGUCUUGGUCCAAUCCUGUGCUCUUUUACGGUAUCAAAAACGAAGAGAACAGAUACGACGAUGAUCGUCUCUACACAUUCGCGAAUAUGAUAUAUGCAAAAACGUUACGCUUUGGAUGCGGAUAUAAGGAUGAAGGCGAAACGGUUAUAAUAUCAUGCAUCUACAAUUUGAUAGGUGCAUAUCCAAACAAUAUCCUGUACGAGGAAGGAGAGAUGUGCAAGAAAGCAAAAGACUGCACAAUGUACCCUGCUUCUAAAUGUGAGAAAGCUACAGGUCUCUGCAAGUAUUCGGGUCCAGCUCCAAAUCCAGGUUAA